AUGUGGAAAAAGCUUACUUCACUUAAAAAUAGUAAUUGCAAAUCUGAUGUAAGUAAUAUAGAAGAAAAUGAUAAAAAAAAUGUAAAAAAAAGUGAUACACAAAAUGAAGAUUCCGAAAAAAAAAGUACAGGAACUAGUAAUGGUAUGUUAAGUAUUAAAAAAAAAAAUACUAAUGAAACUGAUAAAACAGAUCAAUAUAAUUUAGAUUUAAAUAAAAAAAAAAAAACAAGUAAUAAAGAAAUUGAAGAACAAAAAGAAAUAUUAAAAGAUGAUACCAAAGAAGUUAUUGUAGAUGAUGAUACGAAUAUAAAAGAAAAUGAUAAUCAUAAAAAUGAGCUUAUCUCCAGUAAUAAUAUAAAAAAAGAAAAAUAUGAAAAAGAUCUAGAAUGUAAUGAAGAAAGAAUUCACAAUGAUAAGAAAAUGAAUCAUUGUCAUGAUAAAGAGGAAAACGAGAAGGAAAAUGAGGAUAAGCAAAGUAAACAAAUAGACAUUAAGGAAGUUAAAAAUUCUAUUGAAAAGAUAAAGGAAAAAUUUGGAAAAAAUGUAGAUGAAAAAAUUAAAAGAUAUGAAAGCCUGGAAAAAAAAAAAGAUGCACAUAGUGUGAAAAACAAAACUGGAAAUAGAAAUAGUACAAGUAGAAGUAGAAGCAGAAACAGAAAUAGAAGCAAAGAUAGAUAUUUAAAUAAAAGAAAAACAAUAGAAGUGCAUUCAAACAGUGAAGAAAAUAAACAAGGGAAAAGAAGAACAAAAAGCAGGGAAAGAAGUAUUGAAUAUAGAAAAAAAAGUAAGGAUAAAUGGAGAGAUAGAAGCAAAGAAAAAGGUAGACAAAGAAGUAAAGACAGAAGCAAAGAAAGAAGUAGACAAAGAAGCAGAGACAGGUGGAGAGACCGAAGCAGAGAUAGAUGGGGUUUAGAUCGUAGAAGGAGUAGAUACAAAGAUAGUAGAGAUAGAAAUAAAUUCUCACAUCAUAGUAGAAGUAUAAGCAGUGAUGAAGAACAUUAUUCAAAAAAUAAAAAAAGAACAAAAAGAAAAAAGUCAAGACAUAAUAUAGAUAAAGAUUCUUAUUCAAGUUCUUCUGAUAGUACACAUAGAAGAAGAAAUAGAAAAUCUUCUAGUUCAAAUGAUACAAGAAAAGAUGAUAAUAAUUCUAUACAAAAAAAGAGAAAAAAAAGCAAAUGGGAUACAGUAGAUGAAUCUUCAUUAAAUAAUAAUUUAUUAAAUAACAGUGUAAGCGGUAUAUUUCAAAAAUCCUCAUUAACCGUAACAGGAAAUUUAAUAGCUCAAAAUAAUAAAAUAACAGAUUUAAGUAGAAAUCCAUAUGAACAAGAUACGGAUAAAAAACAAAGGAAAUUAUACAUUGGUAAUAUUCCACCAAAUUCUAAACAAGAAGAUGUUGUAGAUUUUUUUAAUAAUUCUAUUUUAGCUGUUAUAAAAGAUUCAAGUUUAGAUGUUAAAAUAGGUGAUGUGCAAUUAAUGCCAGUUAUCAAAUGUGAAAUAUUUAAUAGUGAUUCAAGAUUUUGUUUCCUAGAAUUUAGAACAGUGCAAAUUACUUGGUUAUGUCUAAAACUUGAUUCUAUACCUUACAAUAAUUAUUGUUUAAGAAUAGGAAGACCACAUGAUUAUAUACCUCCACCUGAAGGAGAUCCUGCAUUUACUACUGUAUUCACAGAUAUUAAUAUGGAUGUUUUUGAAAAAUUAAGACCUAGUAAACCAGUAAACGUCAAAACUAGUAGUGAUGAAGAGAAUAGAUUGUAUAUACAAAAUUUACCACAUGAUUUAAAGGAUGAACAAAUAAAAGAUUUAUUGGAACAAUUUGGAAAUUUGAAGGCUUUCAAUAUUAUUAAAGAUUUAAAUACAGGCCUAAAUAAAGGAUAUGGUUUUUUUGAAUAUGAAGAUAGUUCGUGUACACAACUAGCUAUUCAUGCUUUAAAUGGUUUUGUAUGUGGACAAAAUAUAUUAAAUGUCAAAAAAGCUACAUUCAACAAACAACCAACUACUAUUACUACUAAUAAUAAUAUGAAUAAUCAAAAUCCAAAUUUUAUAGCAUUACCUAAUAAUAGUGAUGUACCAGUAACUCUUUUACCAUCAUCCAUAUCGCAAAAAAUUUUAAGUAAUUCAAUUAUAGGAUUACAAGUUCAAGCAUCAAGAAAAAUUGGUGAAAAAUCAUCCAAGGUAGUACAAUUAACUAAUGCAGUAUUUCAAGAAGAUUUAAUUGUUGAUAGUCAAUAUGAAGAAAUAUUAAAAGAGGUAAAAGAAGAAGCUGAAAAAUAUGGUACAUUACAAAAUAUAGUUAUACCCAAACCAAAUAAAGAUUUAUCGUAUACAGAAGGCGUUGGAAAAAUAUUCUUACAUUAUGCUGAUGAAGCAACUGCAAGAAAAGCUCAAUAUAUGUUUAAUGGGCGAUUAUUUGAAAAAAGGGUGGUAUGUGCUGCCUUUUAUUCAGAAGAACAUUUUUUAAAGGGAAAAUAUGUUUUAUCUUAA